GUAAAAUUCCAAGCUCUUUCUUAUUGUAUGCGCGCACCAAGGUGUUUGCACUUCACUGCUAUUUAGCACCGCUGCACUUUCAAACACCAGCGAGUAGAUCCCAAGCAUUCUCGUGCUUAACGUUAUUCUAUUAGAUAGCGUGCUCUUGGCGCAGGAGCCGCUCGGAGGGUCGGCAAGAGUCCGGCGAGGGUCGCGCCCUAUUAGCAAAUAUCUCUCUGUCCGCGGAUCGUAUUCCUAGGGCGGGGGCAUCGAGCGCCGUGUCAAGCCCCGCGGGUGCCACGGCACGGGUCUGCGGGUGGUGUGCGUUCACGCGGGGGGCUCCAGUGUUCGAGCCAGCCAUUCCGCAUCACCCCACUCCUAGAUCCUAGCCUUCUCCUCGCCCACUAUCAAAUACAACACGAAUGGACUUCGCUGCCUACAUCAGUGGCCUGCCCGGCCCCAAGCGCGGCGCUCUAUACCGCUCCCCCUGGACCUGCCUAGCCGUUUUCAGGAAUCUGCCGCCUCUGGCGCAGGUCUAUGUGAUGCGGCUGCUGUUCGUGCCGUCGCCCUUCCCAGCAGACUUUGUGGACAGCUGGGCAGCCAAGGGCGCGGCCAGCGGACACAAGGCAGCGCUGUCGGCACUGCGCGGACUGGACGUCCUUACAGAGGUGGCGGCGCCCGGGGGCCCUGGUGGAGGCGGAGGGCCGGACGCAGGGGCGGCGGCGGCGCUGGCGGCGAGGGCCGCGGCACGGCAGCAGCGCGGUGGUGUCGGUGCGGUGGCGCUGUGGUGCCUGCACCCGGACUUCCGGGCUCAGCUGCAGACGGUGGUGUGCAGCGGUUCCCAGCUCAUGCGCGGCGACGUGCCAGCCGCCGCCGCCAGCUGCUGUCCCUCCCUGGAGGAGCUGGGCGAGUGGGCGGUGGGGCAAUGGGAGGCGCUGCAGCUGUACCUGCUGGGGAGCAGCCGCAGCCCGCCGCAGCUGCCGCAGCUGCUGAGGGCUCGCAACUACAAAGAACUGGACAUCCGGUCGCUGCUUGUGGAAGCCGGACUGCUCGCAUUCCUGUCCGACAUAGCGGCAGCGGCUGUAGCAAACGCUGCAGGCGGCAGUAGCGGCGGCGGGCGGCCCGCCACGCGCGGCGGCGCCGGCAGUAGCAGCCUGGCGGUGACGCAGCGCAGCUUCCACUGGCUGCUACAGCCGGGGGACAGGCAGCUUUGGGCUGUGCUGCGCGAGUACAUCAGCGGCGCAGAGGCGGCGUCCGGUGACGAGCUGGCCCACACGCUGUCCUUCCUGUUGCAGCUGGGCUUCCGGCGGGUGGGGCAGCCCUGCGCCUGGGCGGAGCUGCGGCCGCCGGAGCAGCGCAUGGCGGCACACCUGGCGCAGCUGGGCGUGCUGGCGGUGUUCCAGACCGAUGACGGGGAGGUAUUCUACACACCCACGCGCCUCGCCGCGUCCCUGUGCGGCGGCAGCGGCGGAGCUGGCGGCGGGGCAGGUGGCGCCGCGGGAGGCAAGGGCAGCGCGGGGGCCGCCGGCAGCGGCGGCGCGCUGGCGGCUCGUGGCGGCGGCGCGGGCGGCGCGGCCGCUGCGGCGGCGAUGGAUGGCGGCGGCGCGGGCAGCGACGCCUUUGUCAUUGUAGAAAGCAAUUACCGAGUGUAUGUGUACACUCGCUCGCCAGUCACCAUUGCUGUGUUGGAGCUGUUUGUGAAGCGCGAGGCUCUGCUGCCCAACCUGUUCGUGGGGGCCAUCCGCCGCGACAGUAUACUGGCAGCGCUGGCCAGGGGCAUCACUGCGGAUGAGCUGGUGGCGUACCUGUCCGCCCGGCCCCACCCCUCCAUCGCCGCCCGCUGCCCCGUGGUGCCUGAGGUUGUGUCGGACCAGAUCCGGCUGUGGGAGGCGUCCAUGAAUAGGCUGCAGGCCCACCCCGCGGUGCUGUAUGAGAACAUGGAGAGCCGCCAGCUGUACGAGCGGGCCGUGGCGGCGGCGCGGGCGGCCGGCACACUGCAGUGGGAGGACGGAGCCCGCAUGCGCUUCGUGGCGCUGGAGUCAGGCCACGAGGCUAUGAAGCUGCUCAUCGUCAAGGCCAAGCAGGACCUCAAGCUGUAGCAUCAGGAGCCCGGGAUGUAGCAGCAGGAGCCCGGGGCUGUAGCAGCAGGCGAGAGGUUUAAUGGUGAAGUAGGGACAGACCCACGGCCACGGCUGCAGCCGUGGUCACAGCUAUAGGUCACAACAGGAACUGCAGCGUUGGAGCUGUCAGCAGGACUUGCCAGGGGCUUGGAGUCGUCGGACUGCCGCUGCGGGUGCCGCUGGGGGCAGCUGGUCCGUGCGGAGGCUGGGCUGCGUGCGGUGGUACCGGGCACGAUGCUAGUAAUGCGCAGCCAUCCGGUUGGCGGGACUGCUAGAUUGGACUUUGAAGGUUUCCGCACGAGCGUAGCCGGUAGUCGGAAACCUAGAGUUUCAACGACCCGUACCAAGAGUAGCAUGGCGUACGGCGUGUCUCAGGAGCGGUGUUGUCGGCAUUGUGUGGUUUGGUGUUAACUUCGGCGUACCGUACUCGCAGCUACUGCCGGUAUAGGUGUCCUGCUCGAGGCUGUAGUGGCUGGAUAGCUGCAUUCUGAGGCGCCACACGGCGGCCGCCCCCAACAGUGAAGGAGAUGUGCCCUCUGUGCUCGCAGGUGGCCAUUAAGAUUGGCUGGUUAGGAGCAGGAGUCUCGUGUGCGCGUGUGUUUCGGACUUGAAAUUGCUAGAAGACAUUCAAAGUUGGACGUUAUCAAUUGAGUGCUGUAACGGAAGCGUCGGCAAGUAUAUGGAAACGAUGCGUGAAGUGGCAGUGGAGGAGUGGAGUGAGCCGUAGAGCCGUGCAGCUGCAAAGCUGUGCUGCUUUAGAGGUGAUGGACCAUGCAAAGUGGGCAGAAGCCAGAAGGGGAGCAUGCGGGUUGUGCAGCGGUGGUGGACGUAAGCCAGGCCGU